AGGCUUUGGAACAAUACGCAAAGAAAACUGGUCGAACAGUCGCAUUUGUGAUUUCGUAAAGAACGGAUGAGAUAAAGUUUUAUCGUAGUGCGUUUUGGAUUUGAAGAAUUUUUUUUUUGUUCAAUCGAAAAUCAAGAACAAUUUUUGAGAAGGAUUUUAAACUGUACAACGAUUGUUAUCGGGUUGAAUACUUGUACCGGUUUCCGUUUUGGUACGAUUAGCAAAGAAAUAAUUACGUGUCAAUUGUUAACGAACUCUGUUGCUAAGCCAUAAGUGCAUCGGAAAGGAUAUAAAACAUUUUGCUGUGUCCAUAUACAUUUUGAUAAAAGAAAAACAUUAAAUUCUAUCGCGCCAGCACUCACUUGCGGUUGAGUUUGUUGCUGGAAAAUUUAUGGCCUAACUUAAUAGUGAAAUACCUUUUUACAUAUGUAGGUGUUCGAAUGGCAUAGGUAUACCUAUAAAUAUAUCCACACAACAAUUUUUUUUUGUCCAGCCAGCCAGCCAGCCAUCCAUUAUUUAUAUCCGCAUACAAUGAAAGUGCAUUAGUGUAGAUCAAAUGUGAAUUAUUGCGGAGCAAUUUUAUAGCAUGUGGUUGAUUCUAUAAGAAUAUUAUGCAGUGAUUGUUGUCGUUUCUCUUCGAGUGUGUAUUAAAAUAAACUGAUAAAAAAGUAUCAUUUGCAGUUUAUGUAAUAUACACCGAUUGGAAUAGAAGAAGGAUUUAUGUGUAGUGCUGGAAAAUCUGAAUAGAGAGAGAAAAGAUCCGACAACCACCUAUAAAAGCAGAAGAAAAAUCUGAUAAACGCAACAGAGAAAAUAAAAGUCUUCGAGAAUCUUGUGCUGCUUCUUCUUCAUAGAAAAGAAUUAUUUAUGGCUAAAUUGGCAUCAGUUCCUUAAAACAAACAGAUUUCAGAUAAAUAUGUUUCAUUCCUCAACAACAUAUCCAGAAAUGACAGGAAGUAUCGCAAAUACCGGUUCAUAUCAUCAAUCUCCAGUCGCAGCUAAUUCACCAGUGUACGUCCCAUCGAGCAGAGCUCUUCCACACGGCCAGUACGGUCACGGCACAUUUCCCGGCAGUUCUGUGCCACAAAAUGGCUGGACAGCUGACAGCUUUACGGCGUCCCAUUCGCAAUUACCGCCACAAUUCUAUGCCCAAAAUGUGAUGAUGGGCUCGUGGAGAGCCGCUUAUGAUCCGCGCAGUUUUCAAAGCACAUCACCGUAUGACAGUGCAAUGGACUUUCAAUUCGGCGAGGGGAGAGAAUGCGUCAAUUGCGGUGCAAUAUCGACACCGUUGUGGAGGCGAGAUGGAACUGGUCAUUAUUUGUGCAAUGCUUGCGGUUUAUAUCACAAAAUGAAUGGAAUGAAUCGUCCGCUGAUUAAGCCGAGUAAAAGACUUACUGCAACCAGACGAUUGGGUCUCUGCUGUACGAACUGUGGUACAAGAACAACAACACUGUGGCGCAGAAAUAACGAGGGUGAACCGGUAUGCAAUGCAUGCGGUUUGUACUUUAAAUUGCACGGUGUAAAUCGACCGUUGGCCAUGCGAAAGGAUGGAAUACAAACGAGAAAACGGAAACCGAAAAAGGGUGGCAGCGGCAGUGACAUAUCAUCGAAUGGAAAGAAGGACGAUGGUGAAGACAUUAAACCAAGUCUUUCGAAUUCGUCAACGCCGAUACAGUCCCAGAAUCUAUUGCCGUCCGAUCGAAAUGGUAACACUAAGAUGAUGACAUCUCCAGGCUCCAAAAUGCAUCUACCAUCACCAGUGUCCCGAUCUCAUCCCAUUCAGUCGUACAUUCAUCCGUCGUCAAGUGCCAGCAUUUCGUCGCACAGUCAUCCAAAUAAUUCGCCGUUAAGCUAUACGGCCGGCCUCAAUUCAACAUCAAAAUACGAUCUGUCGCAUAAUUCGCCGCACAUACACAGUACAGCCAAUAGCUAUCUGCAUCCAAACAACUUAUCGCAGUCCGGUUACGGGAACAGUGUCAAGUCGGAAACGAAUUCCAACUACGAUUACAUGAAUAAUUGUAUCCAGAGCGGAUAUUUUGGUAGUUCAUUCACGCCGACGUCAUCGGUGCAUAGUCCAUCGGAUUUGGCCGGAUAUCAUCAUCAGCAUAAUGUUAUUCAGGCAGCUAAAUUGAUGGCAUCGUCGUGAAGACAUUGAACAGAAAAAUUGUACGAAAUUCCACCGACUGAUUACGUUGAAUGUAAUAAAGUGAGCGAGAGAGAGAGAGAACGAUAAGGGCGAGAGGAUGGAAAUUAUGUAUUUUUUCAAGAUUGUUUUUCCGUUUUAUUAUCUUACGGACGGUAUGGCUCAUCAGUUAUUGAUGGCUACUUAUAAAAAUAAGCAUUGAGCUCUCUUUGAAUAAUAGAAGUAAUUGAUUCGGUAAUGAUAAUGCUUGCCGUCUGUAAGAGGUUAAUCUUUAGCUGCUGCAGAGAUGAUUAGUUUUUUCAGUCCCGCAAUGCCGUAUUGGAAUGAAAUUAAAAGCUCACGUUCCGUUGCACGGACUAGCUUUGUCAUUAGAGUUGAUUCAUCUACCAGAAUCAACAAUUCGGACCAAUUGAGAUUGUGAUAAAAUAAAAGAGAAAUCUGAUCAUCUGGUGAUCCUUUCGAUGAUCCUGUAGUAUUUACUUUAGUGGAAGCCAUGUUCCUGUGACUUUAUCUUUGUAAAAAUUAGUUUCGUUUUAUUUAACCACACGAUAAGACUAAGCAUAUAAGUUCUAAUAGACAGUGUUGUUCAAAAAUAGCCGAUGAUAUUGCAAUCUCUAUGCAGUAAAAUUUUUGAAAAUUAUGACAAAGUGGACGCACAACAACUGAUUUUACUAUUGAGUUGCAAUGCCGACGGCAAUUUUUUUUUCUUUUACUUUUGUGCAAAUUAAAUCAAUAAAAAAAUCGAAAGUAUUAUUAGAAGGUAAACUAUAAUCCGUACUAAACGCAAAUUUUGCACACAAAUAAUUAUGCGCAUAAGUUUAAGUUCUUUUUUUUUUCGUGUAAGUCCUAUGUACCAAUUAUGACAAAGAAUAAAA